AUGUUGUUUGAGGGGAUUACAAAGCAACCACCUUCACUUCUUGAUCUUUGCGUUAGGACAGCGAUUGAUAAUGUAAGAUACAUUGGAUAUGUUGGUGGUGUUGAUUUUCAGCUACUAGAGCAGAUUCUGCAACAUUGUACAUUAGAACAGCUGAAGCAUAUAGAGGAUGCUACUGAUGAUACAGAUCUUAGUCCUGUCACUGAUAAAUUUUGGAAGAGAUUCUAUGAGAAACAGUAUGGUUUAAUGAACUUGAAUGCUGUCAUGGAGAAGAUGAAGCGGAAUAAAGUAGAUUUCAAGUGGCGAGAGUUAUAUGAGGCAAAGCUAAUAGCCGUGCAAGAAGCUGAGGAGGAAGCUGUUGAUCGACUGAAGCAACGUUACAAGAAGGAAGAUGCAAGGAAACUAAGUCGACAAACUAAGCUCUGUUCGAAAGCUCCUCCAAGCAAAAAACCAUUCUGGGGUAAUAGUGUAUCAGGUUACAACCUUUCGAAUGUCAAGAGCAACAUCAUGAAGAAGGCAAAACUAGAUCUUUAUAAGAGUCAAGAAGUGAAAAAUCUCACUGCAAUUAAAAGGAACACGAUUCAGAAGAGUUUCAGUAUAUCUGCUCCAAAGAGGACCGCCUUAUCUGCGAGUGUGCCUUCAACUUCAAGGAGCACAUAUCGUGGUGAAGAAGUGAAAAAUCUUACAGCAAUUAAAGGGAACACAAUUCAGAAGAGUUUCAGUAUUUCUGCUCCUAAGAGGACUGGCCUGUCCACGAACAUGCCUUCAACUUCAAGAAGCAACUCUAGUGGGGAAAGAAGUCUACCUCCAAAGAGGAUCAACGGUCUUCUUCGGACUGCUCCUUCAACUUCGAGAAAUGCAGCAACCAAACGAAAACAUGCAAUGUAA